UUCCUCCUCCUAGCUUCAUUACUUCACAAACCAGCAAGAAAACAUAAUAAAGAAAAUGAUAAAAAUGGUGUUAAGGUUUGUGGUAAUGGUGAUAGUGUUUGCACAAAUCUUAGCUCCAAUUGCUGAAGCUGCUCAGGGAAGAGCCGUCUUUUACGACCCUCCCUACACUAGGUCUGCUUGUUAUGGAAAUCAAUAUGAAACAAUGGUGACUGGAGUCAGGAACAAUCUGUGGCAAGGAAGCCGAGCUUGUGGUCGGAGGUACAGGGUUCGAUGCAUUGGUCCUACUUACAACUUUCGGGGAGCGUGCACGGGACGUAGCGUAGUCGUCAAGGUUGUUGAUUUAUGCCGGGAGCCUUGCAAUGGCGACCUUAAUCUCUCUCGUGACGCUUUUAGAGUCAUUGCUAAUACUGAUGCCGGCAACGUCCGCGUCGAAUAUAUUCCGAUAUGAAAUUGAAUACACUAAAUAAGCAAAUAAAGUGAGGAGUUAACUUCACGGUGUACUAUUCCAAUAAAUCGAAUGGAACAUGUAUAAUCUUGCUUAAUGUUUGUUAUAUGUGUGGAUGGUCCUUUGUGAUGAAAUAAUUGUAUUUCAAAUAAGAUUUUUUUUUUCCACACCAAAUAAGAAUUUUAGUGUUUAUAUUUUUACAAGUAUCUUAUAUAUAAAAACAAAAAUAAUGACUUCAUUUCAUGUGUGAUAUUUAAAAAAAAUGAAUCUUUCCUAGAAAGUUAUGUUUUAUUUAUUAUUAGUGGUAUUCCGGCUGUACGCGCCGGAUUCGUAUGUUUUAUUAGUUAAUGAGUUCAAAAUUAUUUGUAACCCUGAAAUUAUCAGUAUCUAUGGAUAAAUUUU